AUUUGCGGCGGCGGCGGCGGCGGCUGGUCGUUCCCCGCUGUGCUUGGGUGGAGGCGCCGCGGCCAGGGAGGAAAGAUGUGCGAGCCCAGCAAGCACGACAUCGUCACUAUCUUCAGGCGGCUCCGCGCCGUUCAGACGAACAAGAUGUGUUUUGACUGCGGAGCAAAAAACCCAAGCUGGGCAAGCAUAACAUAUGGUGUUUUCCUGUGUAUUGACUGCUCAGGGACUCACAGAUCCCUUGGGGUUCACUUGAGUUUCAUUCGGUCUACAGAAUUAGAUUCUAACUGGUCAUGGUUUCAACUGAGGUGUAUGCAAGUUGGAGGAAACGCUAAUGCUUCUGCAUUUUUUCAUCAAUACGGUUGCACUACAAAUGACACCAAUGCGAAGUACAGCAGUCGGGCUUCUCAGCUUUACAGGGAAAAGAUUAAAUCUCUUGCAACUCAGGCAACACGGAAGUAUGGUACUGAUUUGUGGAUAGAUGGCUGUGGAGCCCCUCCUCUAUCACCUCAAGAAAAAGAGGAAGACUUCUUUGCAUCACACGUUUCUCCUCGGGUUGUUAACGCAGAGUGGGAGACAGCACACCACGACACAAUUAAUCUAAAACAGACUUCUUCCGAAAAUGAUUCAGAAAGCAAAGAAGAAGAACCUGAACAUGGACCAAGUGUUGAUUGCCUUAGUGUGUCACCACAAGCUUCGUUAGCCAACACGGAGAAUGUAAAUGCUUCAGGCACCACACCUAGCAAAGAGCUCAGCUCCAUGAUCAAGAAGAAGCCGAAUCAAGUAAAAAAGGGGCUUGGAGCCAAAAAAGGUGGCUUGGGGGCCCAGAAAAUGAGCAGCAAGAGUUUUAAUGAGAUUGAAAAACAAGCACAAGCAGUCGAUAAAAUGAAGGAAGAUAAACAUGCCAGCAGAAGAACGGAGAAAGAAGAGCCGCUGGUGUCAUCUUUGCGGCUGGCCUACAAAGACCUUGAAAUUCAGAUGAAAGAAGAAAAAUUAAAUAUGGCUGGCAAAAAGAAAACAGAGGUAGACAGACUUGGUAUGGGAUUCAGUAGCAAUAGAAGUGCCAUUUCCCAUUCAGUAACUUCAGAUAUGCAAAUCAUAGAACAAGAAACGCCUACAACUGCAAAACCAAGGAAAAAGUACAAUGAUGAUGAAGACUCAUAUUUUUCUUCCCCCAGUUCAAGGUACUUUGAUUCACCAGAGUUGAGAAGUAGCACUUUUCCUAAAUGGGAUGACAAUUCCGAAUCCUUCUGGAAGAAAGAGAGCAGCAACAGAGAUAUAGAUAUGAUUCUAUCUUCAAAAACUAUGGGUUAUUCAGAAAGGCCUUCCUCUCGUCGUAAACCUGAGUAUGAGCCUUCUGCAAGUACAGACGAGGCACAAAAGAAAUUUGGCAAUGUUAAAGCCAUUUCCUCAGAUAUGUACUUUGGAAAGCAAGAACACGCUGAAUAUGAAGCUAGAGUUCGGUUAGAGAGACUUUCUGGAAACUCUGCUAUAAGUUCAGCCGAUUUGUUUGAAGAUCAGAAGAAACAGCCAUCAGGAAGCUACAAUAUUUCAAACGUCUUGCCCACUGCUCCAGAUAUGGCUCAGUUUAAGCAAGGAGUAAGGUCGGUCGCUGGAAGGCUUUCUGUCCUGGCAAAUGGAGUUAUGACCUCUAUUCAGGAUCGGUAUGGUUCCUAACCAUUUGUAUUCAGCUGAUUGGAUACACAAAAGAGCUUUUAAAAAAAUAUACUUCUGCCAGUGAUCGUACUGCAUAUCUUACAAGAAGGCUGCCUUAACGCUGAUCUACCCACCUCUGUGUUUUUACCAUGUGUUCUUUCUGCCUCCGAGAAGCUUUCAUUUAAUGUAGCAGCUUAUCACUUCUGCUUUUAUUCUGUUAGUGUUGUUCUACUGUUCAUGUCUUUAUUAUGCUAUGAAUAGUGUCUCACCAUUGCUACACCAAUCUGGUUCUGAGGCCGGACAAGGAAUGCUGUAAUGCGUUACACAAAACAGUUAUAGGCUACCUAUGAAUUGCUUUUCAUGAGCUUUAGUUGUUAUUUAGAGACCUGGUUUGCACAACCACUGCAGACCCUGGUGGGUUGUUACACAUGUGGGCACGUGCUAGGCAAAUUCUGAAUAUUCAAGCUGCAACCACGGCUUUUCAUGUUGUCCAAACCCAGCAGUGGUGGGUAGUGUGAGUUUUAAAUAACCCUUGCAUAACCCAUGAUCUGUUUUAGGGUUAUGUGAGGAUUGUUUAACCCUCCCACAACCCACUCCCACUGGUUUUGAACAACACAACAAGCAGUGAUCACAGCUUGAAUAUUCAAAGUGUCUAUCCAUAUAUGCCACACACACUCAGCUGUUUGAUUGUGAAAGCCAGCCUGUAGAGAAGUCGGUGAUAACCUCAAAUUAUAGGAGGACUGCCCAUAAAUCACUCUUUCACUACCCCCUAAACACAUAGUGAGUCUUGGAGUAGCCACUGAUUUUGUGCCAUUCCUACUCACUAAGUUUAGAGAGUGGGAUCUGGACAGAGCAAUACCUUAGGUAAUCAAAUGUGAGAUUUCCUCUACUAAAAUAUUUAAUCCAUUAGAGAGAUUGCAAUGUAAAUUUAAGGGAGUCCACACAUUCAGGUAACUAAGGGAUCCUUCCAUUUUGAACAUUAUCUUCUAGGGCUGAAGAUUGGGGAAAGGUCCAAGCCCAAAUAACGCUCCUAAAGUUGCUGCAUAUAAAUGAGAUCAGGGGGACAUCCAAACAGGCCCACAGAAGGGAUUUGACCCAGAGUUGAUUUCAGUGGGCUUAAGUAACUGUGUUGUAACCAGGAUGUCUUGAUAGUUUAAGAAAAUACUGAUGAAUCUGUACAUGACAGGAAAUGGUAGUUAGUGUUUAGUAUGAAAGUGGAAAAAGUCUUUUAAGCAUUGGUCUUUCAUGUAAGCAAUUUUUUUCCUAAAAGAAAUGGGAGAAAUUUGUUGUAUGUUUAAAAGAUGUCAUUUUUGUCAACAUUUUAUUUAUUCAUAACAUUUAAAUUUUAUUUUGAAUUGCAAUUUAGAUUCCUUACAUGCUUUAAAACAAUCAAUAUGGUGUAUAAAAUGAAGAAUAAAGUAUAUAUAGAGAGAUGGGGUAGGAGCGAAAGAUGGAAUUUACAAAUAAAAAUUGCAAGGCCAAACUAAUCUAAUAGAACGUUUAAAUAAUAAUUCUAGUACGAACUGGUGGAUUUAAAAUCAAAAUAGAGAAUAUAUGUAUAAAAGUAUUUAGUGUGGCUGUGUUUUAGACAGCCUAGAAUCAUAAUUAUUAAAACUGAAUUUAAAAAAAUGCCAGAAAUGCUUCAUUUUAUCAGUUUUGUAUCUGUCUUGAACAGCUGCCAUUUCAACUUAAUAAAAUUUGAAAUAACUUGCA